AUGGCAUCGCUCACGAAUCAUUUUACAAAUAUCAUUAACAGAUAUGCACCAAUAUCCUUGGGCGCAGAUUUAUCCAAUUUUACAAGAAAUGAAAGGGUGGCGCUUUCUAAAUUGGUUGACGCCGGUAAAUUAAUCGAGAGAAUCUAUCUUCGUCAAAAAUGGAAAGGUAACGAAGCGCUCCAUAAUCAGCUGCUUAAUUCCAAUCCACGUGACGAAAAAGCCCUGUUAGUAUUUAACUUGUUAAAAGGACCUUGGGAUCGUGUUGAUGGCCUUGUCUUUCCCAAUUUUCCAAACACCCCUCCUCAUAAACCUCAGGGGGGGAAUUUUUAUCCUGAAGACAUGACCAAAGAAGAAUUUGAAUCAUGGGUCAAGACACUUCCCGAGGAACAGCAAAGAAAAGCUAAAGGAUUCUAUCAUGUUGUUAGAAGAAGGGAAGAAGAUGAUGUUGAUGGGAAAAAAGGCGAACUGUAUUUGAAACCAUAUUCUGAAGAAUACAAGGAUUUGUUGAGUGAGGCUUCGGAGUUGUUGAAGGAAUCUUCGAAGUUAGUUGAUGACAAAUCCUUGAGUACAUUCUUAAGAACUAGAGCAGAUUCAUUUUUGAGUAAUGAGUAUUUGGACAGCGAGGUUGACUGGUUGAAAAUUAGCAAAGAGAGUCGUAUCGAAGUUACUGUGGGACCUUAUGAAGUCUACACUGAUGAAUUAUUUUCCAUUAAAAGUGCUUUCGAAUUUUACAUCCAUGCUCGCGAUUUUCCGUUUUCCAAGACUUUGGAAAAGUUUUCUUCAAGCUUACAAGAAGUGGAAGAUAGUUUGCCAGUACCAGAUGAAUAUAAGAGCAAGGAUUUAAAGGCUACACCAAUUAUCGUGGUGGAUCAAUUGUUCGCGGCUGGUGAUGUGGCAGUACCGAUGACCGCCGCUUAUAAUCUACCCAACGAUGAAGAAGCCAUUAAACGUGGAGGAUCAAAGUUAGUCAUCAUAAAGAAUGUACAAGAAGGUAGUUUUCAAAACCUCGAUUUACUUUCUUCUAAUCCAAACUUAUACUAUCGAGAAUUAUCAUUAGGAAAAUACCAAAAAAUAUUGGAUCCAAUUGCUCAUUCCGUAAUUGCACCGGAUCAACUUCAAUAUUUGUCAUUUGAUGCAUUCUUUACGCACGUCCUUCUCCACGAAGUUGCUCACUCUAAUGGUCCACAUUACACUAUUGGCCCUAAUCCGGUUACAGUUAGAUCGCGCUUGCAAGAAUAUCAUUCUGCAAUUGAAGAAGCCAAAGCCGACAUAACCGGUUUAUACGCGGCAGCCCAUUUGCUAAAGAUUGGACUCUUAACUGCCCCUUCUAUUGAGCAGUUCUAUGUCACUUACCUUGCCUCUGCCUUCAGGUCUAUUAGAUUUGGAAUUAAAGAAGCCCAUGGACUAGGUCAAUGCAUACAGUUGAACUAUAUCAUUUCUCAAGGUGGAUUUGCUUAUGAUCCCGCCACAUCGCGUUUCAACGUAAACUUCUCUUCUAUAGCAUCAGCGGUAUCUAAUUUGACUCGUGAAAUUUUAAUGAUGCAAGGGGAUGGAGACAAGAACCGUGUCAAAGAAUUCAUAGAUAAGUAUGGUGGCAUCAAAAAGGAAGUCGAAGAAACUUUGGAAAGGUUGGAAGGAGAAGGAAUACCUAUUGAUGUUAGGCCUCUUUAUGAAAUUUCCCAAGAGUUAAUGAAAUAUGAAUCAUAA